UCAAUCUAUGUCUGUUAACAUUGUCCGCCCUUAACAUAACCAUUUCCUUAAAUAAUAAUCUCCUUUCAACCCUUGUACAUUCUCCCAUGCCUCUCUCUUUGCAACUCUCCAAUGGAGGAAUAAAACUAUAUAUUUGUUCUAGCCGUGUCUGACAACCACCACUUGUUUCUGGCUGGUACUGUACUGUCCCUGCCGAAUAAUGUCGAAAUGUUUACAUUAUGAUGAUGGCCUAUUCAAUGCACUGCCCUUUCAAUAACAUUGUAAAACCUGUCUUUGUGAGGCGAAUAAAAGUCGGUAUUGUGUUUUGUUUGCUUCGGGUGCUUGCGAAAAAUGCCGCCCUUGGAAAUAUACUAUUCUGACAGUUCACGGCCUCGUCUGGCGAUCUUGGAUUUAUGUAGUUGUUGAGGUAGAGAGGAUACUUUCCUUCAGUUGCGGUGAAAAGUGGGUUGAUACCAAUGAUGUCCUGACCAUGGUGAGAUCAUGGUUCGCGUUACGUGUGUUUAUCACGGCCCUUGAAGCCAGUCGACAUUGACAAUGAGUGUAAAAUUCAAGAUGGCGGACUGACAUAUUUCUAGGAGAAUUCCACUAUGGAAUUGUGGAAGGCUUUAUUGCUCUUCGACGAGCAAAAUCCACAGCCAGAAAAACCUCCCACACCUGCAAAUGUGCCAGUCUACAAGCCACCGAAAACGUUUGAGCCAAAGAAAGGAGAUUUUAGUUUCUUUGAGGAAUACAACGAUCCCCCGAAACCUGAAACUGUUACUCCGAGAACCGCGAACGGUAAAGUACCAUUGCGAUUGGUAGAUCCUAAAAAUGCUGACCAACCGCUGAAUGGCUUUCGGUACAAUGACUUUGUGAAGUUGGAUAGAGGAUAUCUCGCCGAGUUUCCUGAUUUGGAAGGUCGAGUGAAUUCGACCAGUAACCCAGCGACCUAUGGCACGACUUCAUCCACACGAUCAGGAAGUGUUGCCAUGCCUGUUAGUGAAUAUAACGAUGCUGUCAAGGCUCCUUGGGAAGGCAAAGGUCGUGCCCUUGACCUUGACCCUUUAAAAGGUCAACGAACCUAUUCGGAGCCUGUGCCGUACAUGUACUUAAGGGAUUACAAGCAGUACAGAGGACGAGGAUCGGAUUCAGAUGGCAACAGAUCCGUUCCCAUCAUUUCCCGGGAAGGGUCGCUGGCACAUAGUGACAUUUCUUUGCCCUAUUCGGAACCUUAUCCUGGCACCAAAGCUCACAGAAGGCGCCAUGUUAGAACUAGGAAGCGACAGUAUGUCUAUAUACCUCCACGGGAGGAGGCAAUAAGAGAGGCUUCAGAAAGGUCGGAACCGGAUACGCCGGAGGAAAGACCUAAACGUGUGUACAAUAAACCGCCAAGAGAUUACAGAAGGGACCGGAAGCAUAAAUCCCGUCCCCCUGUCAAUAAAACCAGAAGGGGCAGAUCGCGUCCAACGGACAGCGAUGUGUCAAUAGAUUCCGAUCAGACACCUGAUCGUAAUGACAGACGUAAACGCAGCGGUAAACGAGAACGUUCAGGUCGUCGUCACGAAUCUCGCCAUAGGUCAUCUAGUCAUUCCGGAAACAGAGACAAUCGUGCUCCAAGAGACAUUCGUUUGAAGGAUUCUUCAAAAAGAAGGGGCAAGACAUUUACCCAAAAAGCCAAAAAGCCGAUAGACCCCAAUCGCUAUGUGGCACUUUCUUCAAGAGAGUCCAGGCGAUCCACGAAAGGCUCCAGAAAUGGGCAGAGAAACAAUGGAACUUCUACCAAGCCAAUUAAACAUGAAAAGGGAUCCAGUUACGUAAACAAAGUACGUUCAGUGUACAACAGUGAACAUAACAAAAGGCGAGAAAGAAUCCUGUCUCGCUCCAGUGAUGGCACAACAGAUGAAGAAGAGGAUGAUGACACAACAGGGGAUUCUGGAUCGGUCGAUUCCUCGUCAGAAGAGGACUCGUACUCAAGCUCGGAGAGCGAACCUUCACAGCAAGUGAGUGAAGGGGAUGACGACCCAACAACGACGGAGGGGGACGUCACGCUCAGGAAGGGGGGUAAGGGCAAUAGGCGGUAUGAGGACGCCGAUGGCGCGAGCUCUGUCAACACCGAUAUAAAAGAACUCCAAGGAUCUCAUCAGGGCAAGAGGGCUUAUUUCUACAAUUUCAAAGAACAAGGCAGUCCUGCAGUCAUCGAAUCAGUGAGUUCCAAAAGGUUUCCAAAUUUUGAAACCUUGCUGAAUGAGCUCACGAUAAAGUUUCAAAUAGACAAGGGUGCUAACUUUGUGUAUCAUUGGCCAAGUACAACACAAAUACGAUACAUUAGUGACUUUAAGUCUCAUGGGACGUACAUAGUAGCUAGCACAGCGAUGAGAAAGGGGCAGCUUGAAGCGGUGUACGGGAAACUUGGUCCCAAACAUUGGCAUAUUGGGAAAGUCAAGCAUAAUGAUUCGCCCUUGGUCCGGAACCCGCUGCCCGAGGAGCGAAGCCCGGCAGUUGGUCAACACUAUUCCGACAACAAGAAGCCUCUCGUAGUCUGGUUGGUUUGUAAUUCAACGCAGAAAAGGACCAAGGUGUUCCUCAAACCGUCCAGGUAUUUUGAAGACUUGAUGGCUGGAGAGAUUACCGAUGCUGUGAACUUGGAACUUCCACCUGCCUGUGCCUUGUACGCCUUCAAUAAUGACAGAGUGGGGAAAGAGAUAUGCAGUCUAAGUCAGCUUGUUCGUCAGUACCGGAAAGAUUACACAGUGCUAGUGUGCGGAAGGGAGAAGGUCCCCGCCGACUGGGCUUACCGAGGAUCUCCGCCCUACUCCAGCGAUUCAUACCGACCUCCUCUCAGACCAAGGCCAAAAUACGUCAUAGGUGCCGACUCCGCCCCACCCCGGGUGGAUAUGAUACAGAUGAACGGCAACAGUUCCCCCCGCACCAGCGGUGUCCAAAACGGUAUCCCAGCCUUGAACAGAUAUGACACUGUCAAAGUUAAAAUAAAUGGCCGUCGACGAGGUAUGGAAAAGGCACAGCAAAAUGAGUUCUACGCGUCGUACCAGGAUAUGGAGGACGAACUGGGCAAACCGGACAGAAAGCUCAUCCUGGACUGGGUUUACGGCUAUCGAGGAAGUGACCGACACCGGAACCUGGAUAUACUGGACACGUCCGAGUUGGUGUACUACGUGGCCGCAGUCGUCGUCAUCUUCGACUGGCACAACCACACUCAACGCUUCUACACUGGCCACAACGAAGACAUCACAUGCCUGACUAUACAUCCACAGCAAAACAGAGUGGCCACUGGUCAGUUGCAAGGACGAGGGUCGGACCAUGGGGCUCAUAUUCGGAUCUGGGACGUGGACAGUCUAUCCACAAUUGCACUGAUUGGGCUUGGGGUCUUUCAAAACGGAAUCACGUCCAUUUCGUUUUCGGAUUAUACGCUGCAGCAUGUCGACAAUGACCUGAUGAUGGUGAUUGACGAUAGUUUCCGACACACAAUGACUAUCUGGGACGUGCAGACGGAGCGCAUGCUCACAAAGACCACUGUCUUAGCAGCAAAGACCAACACAGAGACGGUGACAGGGGGGUGCUUCUACCCCAGUGAAGAUGACAUCCUCAUCACAUAUGGACGGCAACACCUCUACUUCUGGAGACUCGACUGGGAACACGACCGAACUCCAUACGCAAGAAUACUCAGGGACAAGCUCAGUGGGUAUUCAGAGCCCCAAGAUAAGACGAAGGACGACAUCCCAACCCAUUUCACGGCGUUAGCGUUCUCGUCGACUGGCGAGGUGAUCACUGGCGACUCCAACGGCUCCAUCAUGAUCUGGAGCCGCGACAACGACAACGUCUUUAGUCUCAGUCGGUCUGACUCGGAGAUAAACAUACACCAGUCCGCAAUCACCUACCUGGCAGUGCUGGCGGAUGGCAUGCUGCUGUCUGGAGGCGGGAGUGAGAUGUUCCUCUGGGACACCAUGAACAGAUACAAGAACCCACAAAGGAUACAGGUUAACAUCAGCGGGAACAUCCAGGCCAUAGCUCCAAACCACGCCCACUUUGAGGAUGGCGUCAUCUUCCUGGGCACCGACAAGAACUGCAUCCUUCAGGGACACCUGCACCAAAAGUUCUCAACCAUUGUACAGGGUCACAGCGGCGACAGUGUGUCCAUUGCCGUCCACCCAAAGGAAUACACCACUCAUGUGAAGGCCAGAGAGUACUGCUUCGUCACUGCAGGGAAGGAUCUGGUCAUCAAGUGGUCUGCUUCACAACGAAUACCGAUCUGGAAGACCAAGAUAGAGGGGGAGAAAUGCACGGCAGUUGCUGUUGAUCAUCAUGAUCGAAUGGUUGCCUUGGGAACGAAGUCUGGCAAAGUCAUCAUUCUGAACGACACUAACAGAGGCCGUGAAGAAAACACUAUUGUAAUAGGCGCUAAGAAGAUCAACACUGUGGCUUUCUCUCCUAACGGGAUGCGGUUGGCUGUUGCUGUUGACGAUGGCUACCUCCACAUCUGCUCCGUGGACAAGGGAGUCCUGGGACGUGUCCAUGCAACAUCAAACGUGCAUGGUCUGUCCAUGACGAACAUCGACUGGUCACGUGACUGCAGGUUCCUCCAGACCUCCUCUACAGACUUCCAAGUGUUCUUCUGGAAUGCAGACAAGAAGCCUAAGUUGAUACCAGGCCACAAACUGAGGGAUGCAGACUGGACCACCCAUAAAGCUCUGGUCUCACACGCUAUACUAGGGCCGUGGCAGCAUCUGGAUGCAGGGGAGACAAUCAAAGCAGUCGAUCGCUCAAACGGCCCCCAGAAGGAUCUCCUGGUAACAGGAGACAGUAUGGGGAGACUGCGGCUGUAUAAAUAUCCCUGUUCAAGCUCCGAGAGCGAGUACCGAGGCACCAAGGCCUACUCUGGCGCCAUCAACUCGGUCAUGUUUUCUGGGGAUGACUACUUCGUCUUCAGCUCGGCGUCCAGCGUCGUCAACAACGACCUGAAGAACCACCUGGGCAUCAUGCAGUGGGCUAUAGUAGAAGCCGACGCCCAGGUCCACCCCAAAUACUACCAGCCCAACUACUACCCCCACCACCACCCCCAUCACUACUACCCCCAACACCCGCACUACCCCAACCCCCAUUACUACAAUCAACACAACCCAUACUUCAAGAGAUACCAGUGAGAAGACUGGCAGUUUCGCCAAGAUUGUACACACAUAGUAUGUCAGCCUACGUGUGUUUAAUCUUCUUACGAGCGAUCUAUCUAUUACUCCAUGGGACAAUGCAAGUCAGUAUCCCUACACAAAUGGCGAUCCUUAACCUUCAUACUUAAAAUAUAACCAACACACAUUACCAUGUAUAAAUCAUUAAUAUAUUCCUCCUAGGCAAGGCAAAAGGAUAUAGAUCGUCACUAUAUUGAUAAAAUGAUACAGAAAAUAUUUUCGAGGUCAUUUGCAAAUAGGGAAUUUGCGACCAAAUUUCUAAUAUAUGUUCAGUUUAUUUAAACUGCGGUUGCCUUAAUAAUCGACCACCUUGAAACCUCGUCCAGAGAUCUCAACCCCAAUCAUCGAUGUUAGCCCACAUUUCUACGACAUUCUUGACAUGCCAUGACGAGCUCCACGUCAGGCGCCAUCACCCAUGACUGUGCGGGAUACUUAGUGUCGUGGUGUGUCGGGACCUGUCCUACAAAUGUUUCAAAACAUAAAUUCCCUGACAGGGGAUGCUCUCGGCUCUGUUGCGAACAACAAUGUAAAAGAGUUCCACUUGUACCAUUUUGCUUAAACAACCUACAGGACCCGUGCCAUAAAAUGAUCUCGGCCCUACAACUAACCUCAGGCAAUUUUUAGUGUUGGUUUGGCUCUGCGCUAAAUAUGUUUUGUGCAGCAGGGCCUAGGUAAAUCCCGCGACUAUGAUGAUUGUGAAAAUCGCAAUGCUGUUAAUUGUUUGCUUUAAUUGUUUCCAUCUAUGAGUGUUAUUUCGCUUCUACAGAUCACCACACAAAAGAUAUCAAUACAGUGUUAAAUCUCACAGCUUCAGUGUGUCUGUUCAUCGGGUAGACUUAUAGCAUCCCUUUCAUCGUGUCAACUUGUAUAGGGAGUUCGUAACACGGAGCUAUCGUCCAAUUUGACAGUAAACAGGAACACUCUUUCGAAUAGCCACAAUUGACACAACUGUUCCAUCAUAUCGCCAUAGUUAAUCCCACCUCGAAGUCAAAACGAAGUCAUACCGUCUUGAGUUUUUAGAAUACCAAAGAUCCCAAAGGAAAACAGAUCUGACAAUUGAAACCAAGAAUUUUAUUAUUAGAAUUAGCGUAACAAAAUCCGCCCUGAGGAUGCACAAUGUUAUUCUGUGAUCGGAAUUUUUAAUCUCGUUCGUACACCAAAUGUUAAGGAGUUUAACAUUUUUUUCAGCACUGUAUUAUUCUUUUGCAUACAAAUGAGUCAGUCAAUGCCAACUGGUGCCUUAGAUUUUGUAUAUAGUGAUGUGCCUUGCUGCAGUGGGGACUUUCGCUUUGUCGUAAUGCACGUGUAUAAGUCUUUCAAAUUUAAGCAGGACUCUUUUUCUCAACCAACCGUAAAUCAUUGAAUAGUCGCCCGGGCAUCUAUUUAUUUCAGAGACGUCUUACACCCGGCGCCUAUUAAAGACUGGCGUCUGUUUUGUCAAUUGUGGUAAAACCUUUUAAUUUCCAAGAAGACCGGAUUUGUAUUUUUUUGUAAAACGUGUCAGUUUUGCAGUUUGUAUGAGAACAGCUUUCGUUUCACUAUUACUAUUACUUCAUUGGGUACCUUAAGGAAGAGGUGAAGACUUUGACCCCUCUAUUCAAAGCAGGCGCUUAUUCAUUUCGCAAGUGUGUAUUCAAGGCAGGCGACUAUUCAAGAAUUUACGGUAUGUGCAGUCGGCUUUGUCGCAGGACAGAUCUCUCACA